AUGGCUACUAUGUCGCCGCAUUGCCUCCCCUCUAUUUCACUCCUUUUAAUAAUAGCCUUCCUCGCACCCCUGGUCCUUACAGAAUGCUUCUAUAAGUACCCGAACGGCGUCGUAAGCUUGAAUGAUGAGUGGCACGAGUGCCCCAACACCGCAAAAACCCCAGGUGGCCCCCAGCUGUGCUGUGCCGUAAGCGACGAGUGUGGUGAAGACUCGAUCUGCUAUAACAAGGACCCCAGUUUGAAAUCCGGAUUCUAUCCCGGAGGCUGCACAGAUAGUAGCUAUGCCGAUAGUGUCUGCGAAAAGGCGUGUUCGGAAUUCAAGGCGACUGAGAUCAUAUACAACUACACCGAAAACCUUUGGCAUUGCUGCGGUGAUCAGUAUUGCACCAGUGAUCCCCCAACCGACGUAACAUUCCAAGCCGUGUCACCAAAACAGUGGUCUGCCCUGCCGCUUACUCAGACGGCGACGGUGGUAACAUAUGCGUCUUCAUCGACAACCCUUCAAACUUCCUCUUCGCCAUCUUCAUCAACAACCCUCCAAACUUCCUCUUCGCCAUCCUCAGCUACGCUGCAAUCCUCCUCGCCCUCUCCAACUCCGUCAGCAACUAUGUCAGCAACCUGGUCAGCAACCACAUCCGCGACCCCUUCGGCAACUACAGCACCUGCAACCGGCGGCCUUAGCAAACCUGCAAAGGCAGGCAUUGGGGUUGGCGGUAGCAUCGCCGGGCUGUCUGUGCUUGCGUUACUGUUACUUCUACGCCGAGAGAGGGCAAAGCGGAUGACGCAGCGGGAUACGCAGUGGAUUCAGGGGGUACAAGGGCAGCCGCAGGUUCUGAAAGAAGUGAUAGCGCCGACUGCGCCAGCGCCAGCGCUGCCAAUACGAGGGUGGCAAUAUUCUCAGACGCCGGGAAUGCCAGCAUAUAGUGAGGCAUCAUACCAUGGGAGGUCGGAGCUGCCGGCGUAUGGAGUCAUCUCAGAGUUGGGGACAAGUCAAGACGGUGAACAUCGUGGAACGGCCUUUGAAGCGUAAAGGAGAGUGCUAGAAGAUUGAACCAAGUAUCAGCACUUGUAAACAGAUUCGGUACAUUUUAUGGUCAAUGUUCCGAAACUUGUGGUAUGUUGCAUAGUUCUAUGCUUAAUGUUUUACAAUCUGUUUUAUUGGAAAAAGAUUUAAUGUAUAUAGAAGAACAAUAAUGCACUUGAUGCCC